AUGGGUCUCGCGUUUUCUAAGAUCUUCGACAAGCUCUGGGGGAAGAAGGAGAUGAGAAUUCUGAUGGUCGGACUCGACGCCGCCGGAAAGACCACCAUCCUCUACAAGCUUAAGCUCGGCGAGAUUGUCACGACUAUCCCCACCAUUGUACCUGGAGCGCCCGUGCUGACCCCCACUCCCAGGAUUCAACGUCGAGACUGUCGAGACAAGAUCCGUCCUCUGUGGAGGCACUACUUCCAGAACACCCAGGGCAUCAUCUUCGUCGUCGACUCCAACGAUCGCGACCGUAUCGUCGAGGCCCGCGAGGAGCUACAGCGCAUGCUGAACGAGGAUGAGCUCCGUGACGCCAUCCUUCUGGUCUUUGCCAACAAGCAGGAUCUUCCUAACGCCAUGAACGCUGCCGAGAUCACAGACAAGCUCGGCCUUCACAGCCUGAGACAACGCGCCUGGUACAUCCAGUCUACCUGCGCCACGUCUGGAGAUGGUCUCUACGAGGGUCUCGAGUGGCUCGCCACCACCCUGCGGAAGGCUGGCCACCAGUAGAUUAUCUACCCUUACCAUCCCACGCAGUCAAGAAAAAGAGCCGCAUGAAAGCCUCCAGCACGCUCGCCCCUCGGCCCAUGAAAACAACCCCCUCCACCUCUCUCCGUGGCUCCGGAUGUUCUUUGUUUGCAAAGUUAUCGGUCACAACGCAGUCGAAUAGUCCAUAAACCAUCGAUCGCAUUCCUUCCUCUAAGGCUGUUUCGCUUCCGUUCGGUUCUUUCGUGGCGGUUACGCGACCUUGCCCUCUCUCUCUGUCUCUCUGUUCCGUAAGCUGGUUGAUGCCAGUUAAUGCCCUCCCAUCCCCCCCUUUUCCCCUCGCCAGGUCGACAGCCUCAGAGGAAGAGGGUGGGCGGGCCACUCGUCAUUUUCUCCGCUUCUGAAAACGAAAAAACAUCAAAAGGUCGCACAGCUCGCGCACGCUCACGCUCGCACUCGCAUUUCUGGGUCUCGAUCUGGACGAUUGGGAGGGGGGAGGCGUUUCUUUCAGGGCGGGGAUUUUCUGUACUGUCUUGUUCAGGCGUCCGUCCCAGAAACUGUUGCUUUUUACAUU